AUGACUCCGUGGCAAGCAGCAACAUCUAUAGCAGCAGCAACAACAACAACGCGUCAUUGCCAUUUGCAUUUAAUUAUUGUGAUUAUCUUGGCCUGCUGCACACGCUGGUUAUAUGGUCUGCCCGAUGGACGUGCCACAUGCCGCUCAGUGCCCGGUUUAACCAAGGAUCAGGUGGAGCUUUGCUAUAAAGCAAGCGAUGUGACGGCAGCGGCGUUAGAGGGUCUCGAUAUGGCCAUACGCGAAUGUCAAAUACAGUUUCAGUGGCAUCGUUGGAACUGCUCCUCGCUCAGCACCAAGAGUCGCAAUCCGCAUGCAUCGAAUCUGCUCAAGAAAGGUUAUCGCGAGAGCGCAUUCGCCUUUGCCAUCUCGGCGGCUGGCGUGGCCCACAGCGUGGCGCGGGCUUGCAGUCAAGGUCGCCUGAUGUCCUGCGGCUGUGAUCCGAGCAUUAAUCGCAAGACACUGAACAAGAAUCUGCGUCAAUCGCUGGACAAAGAGAAGAAACAAUUUUUGCAAUAUUUGGAAACGAAUCAGAUUCUAACGCCCGAGGAGGAAAAGAAGCUCGAGCGCUCGAAGAUUGCAAGUCGCUGGAAAUGGGGCGGCUGCUCGCAUAACAUGGACUUUGGUGUGGAGUACUCGAAGCUGUUUUUGGAUUGUCGCGAAAAGGCGGGCGAUAUACAAUCGAAGAUUAAUCUGCAUAAUAAUCAUGCUGGACGCAUGGCUGUAUCCAAUAAUAUGGAGUUUCGUUGCAAGUGUCAUGGCAUGUCGGGCAGCUGUCAGCUGAAGACUUGCUGGAAGUCGGCGCCUGAUUUUCAUAUUGUUGGCAAAGUGCUGAAGCAUCAAUUUCGCAAGGCCAUACUGGUGGAUCAAUCGAAUCUGGGCAAUGGUGAGCCCGUCGUUGUGCUGAAGCGUGCACGCAAUAAGAAAUCAAAUGCUGGCAGCGCUGGCAACAACGGCGACGCCAAUUUGGAUGCCGUCGAUGUGUCUGGCGCUCUGCUGGCCGCUGGCAAUCCCACCGAUCUGGAUGUGGAGCGUGGCACGCGUCAGACCAGCGCUGAUAAGAAUGCCGCGCGCAUGGCUCGCAAGCUGGAGACUUCGCUCUUCUACUAUCAACGCUCGCCGAAUUUCUGUGAGCGCGAUCUGAGCGCCGAUAUUCAGGGCACAUUGGGUCGCAAAUGCAAUCGCAAUGCGACGACCAGCGAUGGCUGCGCCUCCCUCUGCUGUGGGCGUGGCCACAGUCAAGUCAAGGAGCGUCGCGCCGAGCGCUGUCGCUGUAAAUUUCAAUGGUGCUGUAGCGUCGAAUGCGAUGAAUGCCAUGUCGAGGAAUGGAUAAGCGUGUGCAAUUAAGAACUGAUAAAAGACUUGCCCCCCCACACACCCCCAACCCGCAUAACAAAAAAAAGAAACUCCUGCAAUCAAAC